AUGAUUGGGAAUCAUUAUCAGCUCACCGUGGAUCAUAGCGCUCAUGCGAGAGAGGAGGUUCGGAGAAUCAAACAGGAGCAUCCAGAUGACCCUGAUGUGCUAACUAAAGGCCGAGUGAAAGGUUACUUAAAUAUCACAAGGGCUUUCGGAGCAGGGUUUCUUAAGCAGCCUAAGCAAAAUGAUGCAAUGUUAAAGACUUUCAAAGUUAAGUACAUAGGAGACUCUCCAUAUAUCACAUGCUCCCCUUCACUACAUCAUCACAGGCUCUGCUCAAGUCACAAAUUUCUCAUACUGUCUUCUGAUGGACUUUACCAAUACUUCACCAAUGAAGAAGCAGUUACCAAAGUAGAGUUAUUCAUCACUAAGUUUCCAUACAAAAAUCCUGCUCAACUUCUCAUUGAAGAAGCACUCUGUCGAGCAGCCAAAAAAUAUUGUAUGGAGUUCCAUGAGUUGCUUGAUAUAUCACAAGGAGAAAGAAGGCAAUAUCACGACGACAUUUCUAUUGUCAUAAUAUCGUUGGAGGGAAAAAUAUGGCGUUCAUAG